GUCAUGAGCUACGGAGAUAUUUCCUCCACUUUGUGCUUUACGGCUAUAUCUAUCAGGUUGACUGGGAUAUAUAUGUAGAUAUAUCCCCCUUCACAGGAACUGUUUACUAUCCAUUAAAUCCCCGUUCUCGACAGUCCAAUCUGUAAGCUGACGACCUGGAACCAACAUCCAUCAUGAAGUUACUAGGAUACCUUGCUCUGUCUUCUCUCGUCCUUGCCGCAAAUGCUGCUGACUGCACGGCACCAAACCAACAGUGGUUCAGCGACGCCGCUGUUCAAAUGAUGUGGUCAAUCCGUGCCUGGGUCUGUCCCAACGCUUGGUCGCAAUCGAUUACAGCCGGCCCGGACGGUGGUUGGUGCGAUGCUGGUGGCGGCGUGAUCAGUGCAUAUUGGGGAUCAUGGACAAUUGCUGGAAUGCAAUCUGAGCAACAAUGCUGGGAUAUUACCGAGCAAAUCAUCAACCAGUGCAUGUGGUAUGAUUUUGCUUCGACAAGCUACAAUGGCGGAAGUUGGACAUACGGAGGUACCUAUGCUGGCGGAUGGUUCUGGGCUGAUACGAGCAAGACUUGUACCCAUGCAGUGAAGAGAGAUGCAUCAAUAGACAAUGAGGGACCAACCAAUUUCACCCUUGCAGAUGGGACAACCAAGAAGGUGGAUAAGCAGGUAUGGUUGGACUUCACCGCGGAAGGUGUGAGGGUAGUCAGGGAGGAGACCUAUGUCUGA